UGAGGUGUGUUUCUCCGUCAGGUUUAAAUUCACACACUUGCGAAAUUCUGCUCAUACUUCACUCCUCACCUUCACCUUCACCUUCACCUUCACAUCUGAACAAGAAUUACAUUUUCAGUGUAAGAGAUUCAGGUCAAAAUCCUCCAUCAUCAGUCAGCUACAGUCAAAAACUUCUGGUCAUGACGGACAAAGAGAAGUCAACAGAAGACAGGGUCCAACAGGAAUACAGCCUGGAUCCUCAUUACUCAGUAAUAGUCAGCAAGGACUGUCUGUACAAUGAGUCCUGUUGCCCUGAGGCAGACGGCUACACCGUAGUGCAAAUAUUUGGAAGUGUUUCAGAAGAUGGACAAAGUGUAUCUGGGCUUUCUGGCUCAUCUCUUGCUGAGCUGAUGUUCAAACCAUCACUGACAGGUACUCCAGUGUUCUCCCUUAAUGGAAGCACGUCCACACACUUCCAGCAAAACUUCAUGCGCUUUUUUCAAAUCUGUGGAAUCAAAGCAGUCUUAGAAACCAACCAGCAGAAUCACCAGCUGUACCAGGUCAUGGAUCAACCCGGCUCACUUUCCAGCUACAGAAUUCCACAAAGACCAGUUGAUCACACCACACAGUACGACCACCAGCACAUCAUCAUGAUGAUGGAAUCUGACCUUGUGGUCAGAAAAGCUGUAACUUUUCUGUAUGAGAAGCAUCCAGAGGUGAGCUUUGUCUACAUUCUGAGGGAUGCUGUGAUCCAGGUCCAGCACACGGGACAGAAAAUUACUCAAGAAAUCUCUCCAGACGGAGGAAGUGGCGUCACAAAGACGACAGCACGAAGGUGGUGGCAAACCUUGAUAGAAACGAGACGCAAUUAUUAG